AUGUCAUUCUCCAGGGCUCCACUAAGUCGGUUUAAUGAAAAAAACGCACAAAAGAUUAUGGGAAGAGUCACAACACCACAAGUGAAAGACAAGGUUAAACAAGGAGGUCCUUCAAAUACUAAUGCUAAUACUAAUACAAAUCCCAAUGCUGUAAAAAAUUCUAGCAAGAAUAACCUAAGUAAACAGCGCAGCAACAGUUCCACGCAACAAAACCACCAGCCGUCGCCGCAGCAACGCGGCCGCGGCCGCCUGGGAUCGCAAUGCUCCAGCCUGAGCCUGGAAGGGUCGGAGAACAUGUGGGCGGCGCGCGCCACCAGCCGCAGCACCAGCAGGGAGGUGGCGAUAAAUAGCUUUAAGAAUUUUACAAAUCUUUACUAA